AGUCACACACACACACACACGUGUGAGAAAAGCAGGCGUUUAGUGCUGUCCGCUCUAAUUCUGGAUAUCAUCAGACGCAGUGUGUGGUUCAAGCUCGGGUCCAUUAACAAGUCCCUGCAAGUGAUUGGCAGCUGGAAGACGAGAAGUGUGUCCCACGCCCACAACUGUUUCUGGCGACCUCGGUUCCACAAACACUUGGCUCUGAUGGCUGAGUCAGAGCCCGCCCUCGUCCAGGUCGGAGAAAAAAGAGGCUGUCCAGAGGAUGAAGAGGUAGACCCAUCGUCGAAGAAGCCCAGAGUUGAGGACGAUCACAAGAAUGGAGGCCCUCCCCACCAAGAUGAGGAGGAAGAGCCUGAGGAUGAAGCAGGUGAUGGAGAGGAGGACGGUGAGACUUUUGCUGAUAUGAUGAAGCAUGGCCUCACUGAGUUGGAUGUGGGCAUCCUGAAGUAUGUCAGCGACCACAAGGGCUUCUCAGGGAUCUUGAAGGAAAGAUAUUCUGAUUUCGUCGUACAUGAAAUCAACAAACAAGGCAAGAUAGUGCAUUUAGAUGACCUGUCUAUCCCUGCAGAGGCUGCAGAGGAAGUCCCAGAGGGUCCACAGCUGCCACAGGAAUCUUGUGUGCUGACGGAAGAGCAGAAAAAGCAGCUUGGGGAGCUGCAGCUCUUCAAGAAUAAAGAGGACAACGUCUCUAUUGAGGUGGUGGAUGAUACAAAAGAGAAGCGUACGCAAGUCCACAAGGCCAUCAAGACUCAGUUUCCUGGUCUGGAGACUAAGACAGAAGAGAGGGAUGGACACAAGUUCAUAGUGGCCUACCACGCUGCUGGAAAGAAAGCUCUAGCAGCUCCAAGGAAACACUUCUGGCCCAAAAACCGUGGCAGUUUCUGCCACUUUGUCCUGUACAAAGAGAACAAGGACACCAUGGAUGCCAUCAAUGUGCUAUCAAAGUUCCUCAGGCUUAGACCCAACAUGUUUUCCUACAUGGGAACCAAGGACAAGAGAGCCAUCACUGUGCAGGAGAUUGCAGUGCUCAAGAUCACAGCAGAGAGGCUGGCUCAUCUCAACAAGUGCCUCAUGAACCUCAAGCUGGGAAACUUCUGCUACAAAAACCACCCUCUAAAGCUGGGGGAGCUGCAGGGAAAUCACUUCACUGUGGUCAUCAGGAACAUCUCAGGGACUGAUGAACAGGUCCAUCAGGCCUUGACAUCCCUCAAACAAACAGGGUUCAUAAACUACUAUGGCAUGCAGCGCUUUGGCACCACAGCUGUGCCUACACAACAAGUUGGCAGGGCUAUCUUGAAAAACAACUGGAAUGAGGUGGUGGAUUUAAUUCUGAAGCCUCGUCCUGGAGCGGAGAAGGAAUUUCUGGUACGUUGCAGAGAGGAGUGGGCUAAGACUCAGGACCCAGAGGCAGCCCUAAAGAAGCUGCCCAACAAACGCUGUGUGGAGGGGCAGCUACUGCGAGGACUGUCCAUGUAUGGCAAGAAGAACAUCGUCACUGCUUUUGGACUGAUCCCUCGUAACAACCGUCUGAUGUACAUCCACAGCUACCAGAGCGUGGUGUGGAACACCAUGGUGAGCCGCAGAAUCGAAGCCUUCGGCCUGAAGGCUGUGGAGGGGGACCUGGUGCUCAGAGGAACCACAGCACAUGUGCUGUCUGCUGAGGAAGCAGAGAGACACUCCAUCCAUGAUGUUGUGAUGCCACUUCCUGGCUUUGAUGUCAUCUACCCCUCUCAUCACGUGGGUAAAGGCUACAGAGAGCUGCUUUCUGCUGACGGGUUGGACAUCGACAACAUGAGACACAAAGUGAAGGACUACUCUCUGGCUGGAGCCUACAGACGAAUCAUCAUCAAACCCAGUGAUGUCAGCUGGGAGGUGAUUCAGUAUGAUGACCCCAGGAUCUCACUGGUGCAUUCUGAUUUUGAGAAACUGGAGAGCAAACCUGCUCCUGUCUUUAACAAAGAGGGGAAGUAUCGGGCUCUGCGGAUGGAGUUCUCCCUUCCUCCCUCAACCUAUGCUACCAUGGCAAUCAGAGAGGUCCUCAAGUUGGACACGAGCAUCAAGAAACAAACACAGCUCAACACAACCUGGUUCAACUGAGACCAAAACACAUCCUGGCAUUAAUUGGACUGCUGCUGCAGGCUGCAAAGCACCUGUCCACUGUGGCUACUUACUGUUGUGAGUGUUUUUAAGUGUAUUACUGUGUGUGUGAAUGAGAGCGAUUGGGUUCUGUGUGAACCCAAAGGCAAUUUCUUUGAAGUACAAAGAGCAACGAUUUAUCAUUCUUUAACUUUUUUUUUAAAAUAGUUUUUACUUGCUGUAAAGUGUUUCUGUGCUGCAAUGAUUCAGCAUAUUUUGACAAUGAUUUAAGUGAACCUUGUUCUUUCAGGGUGUCAUAUACAUUAAUCCCUGCAGCACAGGGUGCUCAGCAUGCUUUGUACAGAUUUUUUUUUAAUCUCGAGCUGAAUGUGUGAAUUGAAAAAACUCUUGAAAAGAAAAAAUAAAAAUAUCAAUAGUU